UUUUUCCUAGUAUCCGCAUAUUACCUUACAGCUUUUCUCUCUCUGGUUGGAAAUGCAGUCGUCAUCAGGGUAUUUAGACGAAUUGGGAGCAAGUCGCGAAGAAGAGUCCAUCAUCUUUUCAUAAUGAACUUGUCCCUAGCCGACUUGUUGUUUUCGAUGGAAAAUAUCCCAAUAAUCUAUACUCACUUGAUACUGGACGGAGCAUGGCAAAUUCGUGGCCGUUCUGGAAAUUAUCUCUGCCAGCUUGAUGUGUUCUUCUCAGCGCUCUUAAUUCUGACCUCGAAUCUGACCAUUUUAGCUACCGCCGUGGAGAAGUUUUUGGCGAUAUUUUUCCCAUUGAAGGCAUUAAUUUGCACGAAACGGGCAUAUUUUAUAAUCUUAUCUACUUGGCUUGUCAGCGGUAUUUAUUGUGCACCAUUAUUUUCCUUCGCGUACCUUGAGAAAGACAAUGAAGAUCCCGAUGGAAAGGUAACAUGUACUGCCUGCCUCAGCUGCGAAAAAGUUAUCCGCUGGUUUAUUUUUCAAACUGUGCUAUUAGCAGCCGGGUUUGUCGUCACACUGGCUCUUUAUUCUGCCAUUCUGAUAAAGAUAUGGCUUCGAAAAGUACCGGGGAUUCAAAGUACCGACGUUAAGGGAAAGAAACCAGCCAAGAAACAUAAAGCUUUGAAGUUACUGGCGACUUUAGUUUUUGUAUUUUACAUUUCCUUUAUUCCAUUUUGGAUUUAUCAGCUUUCUCUUCACUUCAACUUCAACAAAAAACUUGGUUCGUACUACAGCAUAAUUUCAGCUUUCUUAAUGCUUUGUAAUGGAGCAAUAAAUCCUAUGAUCUACUCUACAUUUAACUCUGAUAUUCGCCGUGAAUUUAAAGUUUUAUUUACAUGCAAAUCGCCCAGUUCAGCGAUCACGCUGCAAUCGUAUAGCAACAGGAGGCAACUCAAUGGAAAAAAGCAGUUCAGUACCGAAAGGAACGCGCCCUGCGUUAACAAUGAUACCCUAUAUGAAGACUCGCGCUUAUAA